AAAACACAGACGGCCUGCUGUUACAAACACUCCAGAUGAGUCUAAUCCUGUCUAUACAACCUGUUUGAAGACACCGUAGCAUCAUGACGUUCACACACACUCGUGUAGCCUUCACUGGUCCUAGUGCUGACAGUGAUUCACACGCUCCUGAUGAAUGGUGUGCUUGAUUGACAGACGGCCUACAUUUCCCAGCAGGCCACGGGGCACAAGCUCAAAGCCCUAAAGAGGUUUAAGUUUAGAGGAUGAAACGACAGCUGGACACAGACACACAUCAGAGACAACGACGGGCAACAUGCCUCUCAGACGAGAAGAUACAGAGCGAGCGCUGCAGGCGAUGGAAGCCUGUCAAUCAGCAGGUGAUGAAGGUUUCAGGAGUCGUGCAGAGAGACUCUUGACCAUCUUUCAGAGUGACCUGUUUCAGGCUCUGCUGGACAUUCAAGAGUUUUAUGAGCUGACAGUGUUUGAGAAUCAGACAGAAGGUCAGGCCCUCACACCGGGACUGAAGUACCGUUACCAUGACGACGAGACGCCGCCGCUGCAGCACAGUCCCUCUCACCUGAACGUCAGCGACACCGGACACGCCCCCAUCGACGGUAUCCACGGUUACACACCCCAGAUGCACGGGUCUCCCGCCAAGCCCGUGCUGCUCCCCAGCGGUCACACGCCUUACUACGCCACCUCCACUCUGAUGAACGGCAUGGACGGAGACGUGGAGUAUGAGGAGAUCACACUGGAGAGGGGUAACUCCGGCCUGGGCUUCAGCAUCGCCGGUGGGACUGAUAACCCUCACAUCGGAGACGACCCCAGUAUCUUCAUCACUAAGAUCAUCGCAGGAGGAGCUGCGGCGCAGGACGGACGGCUGAGGGUGAACGACAGCAUCCUGUUCGUGAAUGAUGUGGACGUGCGUGAGGUCACUCACAGUCUGGCGGUGGAGGCGCUGAAGGAGGCGGGGCCAAUCGUCCGGCUCUACGUGCUGCGACACAAACCCCCUGCAGAGAAAAUCAUAGAGAUGAAGCUCAUCAAAGGCCCUAAAGGUCUGGGCUUCAGCAUCGCGGGGGGUGUGGGAAACCAACACGUCCCUGGAGACAACAGCAUCUACGUCACCAAGAUCAUCGAAGGAGGAGCCGCACAUAAAGACGGGCGACUGCAGAUCGGAGACAAGAUCCUCGCUGUGAAUAAUAUGUAUCUAGAGGACGUGAUGCAUGAAGACGCUGUAGCGGUGCUGAAAAACACAGGAGACGUGGUUUAUCUGAGAGUAGCCAAAACUCUUCAUCAUCAUCAAGACGCCUACAAUCCUCCUGACAUCACCAGCUCGUAUUCUCCUCAUAUGGACAUGUCUGAUUACCCACAAGCCCUCAGUCCCUCGUCUCCACGCCGUUACUCCCCCAUCCCUAAAGGACUGCUGCUGGGGGACGAGGACAUUCCCAGGGAGCCGCGGCGUGUGGUGAUCCUCAGAGGCUCCACGGGGCUCGGCUUCAAUAUCGUGGGAGGAGAGGAUGGUGAGGGGAUCUUCAUCUCCUUCAUUCUGACAGGAGGAGCUGCAGAUCUGAGCGGAGAGCUGAGGAAAGGAGAUCAGAUCCUGAGUGUGAAUGGUGUGGAUCUGCGUCGAGCGACUCAUGAGCAGGCCGCAGCGGCGCUGAAGAACGCAGGACAGACAGUCACCAUCAUCGCCCAGUACAGACCAGAGGAGUACAGCAGGUUCGAGGCGAAGAUCCAUGACCUGCGGGAGCAGCUGAUGAACAAUAGUUUAGUUUCUGCGGCAGCAUCUUUACACAGCGGGAAGAGAAGCUUCUUCAUCAGGGCUCUGUUUGACUAUGAUAAGACGGCGGACGGUGGCUUCCUGUCGCAGGCGCUGAGCUUUAACUUUGGAGACGUUCUGCAGGUGUUUGACUGCAGCGAUGAGGAGUGGUGGCAGGCCGGAAAACUGACCCCACACGGAGAGAUGGAGGAGACCGGAUACAUUCCCAGCAAGAGGAGGGUGGAGAGGAAGGAAUGGUCCCGUCUGAAGACGCAAGGCAGAGACGCCGUCGGUGGACGCAGUGAAUACAUCGUCAGCUAUGAGACGGUGAUUCAGGCUGAAGUGCACUACGCUCGUCCCGUCAUCAUCCUCGGGCCGAGCAAGGACCGCGUCAAUGACGAUCUGCUCUCUGAGUUCCCCGACAAGUUCGGCUCCUGCGUCCCACACACCACGCGGCCCAAGCGCGAGUACGAGGUGGACGGCCGAGACUAUCACUUCGUGUCUUCACGUGAACAGAUGGAGAAGGACAUUCAGAGCCACCGCUUCAUCGAGGCCGGACAGUACAACAGCCACCUGUACGGCACCAGCGUCCAGAGCGUCAGACAGGUGGCCGAGCAGCACGGGAAACACUGUAUCCUGGAUGUUUCAGCAAAUGCAGUGAGGAGGUUACAGGCCGCCCAACUUCACCCCAUCGCCAUCUUUAUACGACCCUCAUCCCUGCAGAACAUACUAGACAUUAACAAGCGUGUGACGGAGGAGCAG